UCUUCCUACGGAUCCAUUGGAAUUCACUGUCCGCUAUUCAGCUCGGACUGAAGGAGGGAGGAAAGCGGCAAAGACGAGCAGAUGUUAACUGGACUACAAAAGAGAACAAGCUGUAGUUAAGGCGGAAAACCUUCGAUUCGUCUAAUAUGUGGCAGCCUGCGUCGGAGCGAUUGCAGCACUUCCAGACCAUGCUGAAGACCAAGCUGAAUGUGCUGACGCUGAGGAAGGAGCCGUUGCCCACGGUGAUCUUCCAUGAACCCGAGGCCAUCGAGCUGUGCUCCACCAAUCCGCACGCGAAGAGCAGGACUCACGCCGGAUACAAGGUGAACUACCUGGGCAAGGUGACCAUCACCGGGACCCAGUUCCUGUCGGGCUGCACGGAGUCGGCGGUGAUGGGGCUGGUGGAGCGCCGAGGGCGGGCCCCGACGCAAGGCACCAACGCCCUGUUGGAAAUCCGGCCCUUCCAGGUGCGCCUCCACCACCUGGACGACCACAACGAGGCCUCUGUAACCAUGGACACGUACCAGGUGGCGCGGAUAGCCUACUGCACGGCGGACCACGGCGUGCGGCCAAACGUGUUCGCCUGGAUCUACCGGGAGAUCAGCGACGACCUGUCGUUCCAGAUGCACUGCCACGCCGUGGAGUGCCAGAGCAAGCUGGAGGCCAAGAAGCUGGCCCACUCCAUGAUGGAGGCCUUCCGCAAGACAUUCCACAGCAUGCGCAGCGACGGACGGAUCCACAAGAGCGGCUCCUCGGACGACUUUGCAGAGGAUUCCUCCAUCGCAGAGGACCUCACCCCUGACGAUGGUUGAAGAAGAAGAAGAAGAAGAAGAAGAGCGACCACCCCCCCCCCCCCCCCCAUCACCCCCUCCCACACACACACACACACACGCACUACACACACACACACCCACACCCCCCAAACCCAACCCAAACACAAGGGGGGGGUGACUGGAUACAUAUAAGAGACCACCUCUGUCUCUGAUUGUCCCUUACACGUUUUCUUUCUUUUAAAGUAUCUUAAUACGGAGUAUGUAUGUAAAGGACAUGUUUCUAUUUUUUUUUAACUCAACUAAAUUAAGUGGGCUUUAAUGAAACGGGUUUGGCAUAAAUCAUUGCUAAUUAGUAGGUAACCCUCCAGUCUAAAUGGGACCUUGAUGCACAAGCCCGAUAUAGUAUGUCCAUAAGAGUUUUGCCUGACUAUUACGAUUCUGGUCCUCCACCACUGUCCUGUCUCUGACGUAGGUCAUGGUUCUUAAGCUUUUUUAGACCGAGACUAGAUUACAUUUUUUCCUUCUUUUGAGUAAGGGGAAAAAUGAAAGAAAGGACAGCGAUAUGUCUUCCUUAGGGAGACACAUAAUAUACUUUGUCCGUUAGUUUGUCCCGUUUUUAGUCCUGGCUCACAUAAAAAAAAAAACAUUAUAUUUUUUUGUAGAUUACUACCACAAUAGUAUAUGUGUCCUUAUUGUAGAAAAUGAGGAUGUGGAAAAACGUAUUUGGUUGUUGUCACUACGGUACUUUCUAGGUGUCGGUGGAUUGUGUUGCCCUCAUCUAAAGACCAGAACAGCGGGACUUUUACCUGUGUCUGAGUGCUUUUAAAGGGUUGAUAAAUAAAAAAAUAAGAUUUUUAAAAUACGGAGAAUAUGUACAGGGUGUACGUCUAAGAGAAGACAUUGCUGAUAUUUUAGCUAAGUUUUAUAUGAUUGGAAGUACUCAUUAGGCCAUACGACCGGGCCGACAAACCGAGUCACCUUGAUCACUCCCAUCUGAUGUGGUGUGACUGUGCUAGCCGGUGUCAGGCUGUGUCCCUUGCCUGUCGAUACUUGUGCCUCACACUUUAUUCUCACUGUAGGUUGGCGUCUCAUAGUCGUGUCCCAAUCUAUCGUGCGAGUGUGUGCGAAUGCAUCCACACGCGUGCCAACAUUUUACAGUAUUUGUGUCCAAGUGUAUUUGCUUAGUCCCAGUGUGUAUGAAUGUACACAAGAGUGUUUUGUAGGAGAGGGCCGAGUUUAAAGAAAGAGGGAGGGAGGCCGGGGGAGAAGGCCAAGCUAGGUACGGGGAGGAGGAGCAAACUAUGUAUGGCCUGAUAAUGAUCAAAGUGUAUCAGAGCUGUCCUGCAGCAUCCAGUUCUGAUGCCUCAGCUGACAUUGAUUUAACUUUGAAGAUGGUACCACGACCAGUUGCCAUAUAUAUCAUGAUUUCCAUGAUUUUUCUUUUUUUUUAUAAACCUUAAUUCGGUACGUGAAUAUGAGAUAUCACAGAGACGGAAGUUAUUUAGGACCCCUAGAACUCAGCCGUCCAACAGAAUGCCUGAAGCUUCCUGGCCUCUGCUGAAUGUAUGAUGAGUCCAAUGUGCUGCAAGCUCCUCCCCGCCUCUCCAGUUACUCCAUUCCUUGAUAUCUCCUAGCUGGAACAAUGGAACAUGGUUCUCUGCUGUGGCCACGGCUCAGGCUUUUACACUCACACAAGCAGACAAAUGCAACCGAGGGCCUCCACCACAUGUGUAGGCUUCUUGACUGCGUCUGGGAGCAAUCUCACAUAGACUCAUUCUCCCCUGGUGCAAAAAUUCAACUGAAUGACCCGAGUGGCCAUUUUGAUAGAGGCAGAUGAAGGCGCUCAGGUCCAACAGAGCCUCGACCUUCUCCUAGCUUGGCCGUCAAACAUGCUGGACUCUCUUAAGUGGGAGAAAAAUUGGGUUUGUGACUCGGCAGAAUGAUCAGAUGGCUUUGGUCAGUACAUAUAUAAAUAUAUAAAUACAUAUAUAUAUAUAUAAAUUUACUUUGUAUUUGAAACUCACUCAAUAAGCUUAUGUAAAUACAAAUGUAUCAAUUUCCAAAUAUAGGCUAACAGCAUAAUUGUUGACAGCUAUUUUGAAUAAAAUGUGGAGAAUCAACCAUCCUACGAUACAGAAACAGUGUUAUUAAGCCUACUGUGAAUAUCUGGCCAGCCUGGUAAUUGCUGUGCGUGUGUGUGCGUGUAUGGUGUUGGAUUACAUCAUAAUGUGCGCGUGUCUGAGGGGUGAGUUAUUGUCCGGAGGGGGGGUACAUGUGGCGGGGUAUCUAUACGUGGCCUGCAACUGAUGAAGGCCAGAAGGGGAGAGAGCGUUUAUAAAACUGUAGAUUACUGUGUCCUGUCUGUCUGAACGCUCAGACGUGCUUUAAAUGUUUUACAGAAAAAAAUGUUACCAUAAGUGUUUUCUAUACAGUGUUUGCAAAAGAUCAAGAAACAAUUACAUAUAAACUAUUUACCAAGACCAAUUUAUAACUGUGUGGAUUUAUUACCCCCCCCUAUCCCCCAAUUCACAACUGUAUCUGACUUGAACAAACAUCAUACAUCCGUUGUUUGAAUACAUUAUUUUUGACAUGCUUGAACAUGCUUGAUUUCUUUUCUCCCUGAUGGAAACUUAAUGAGGGCACUUUGGUGAGUCUGGCUGUUGGUGGAAAGAUAAAUUAAAAACUUGCUGUGAUAGUUUGAGACCACAGACCACAGCCUUGACUCGGAUCCAAACCACAUAUCAUACAGGACUCGUUUUUCCAGUAGGCCUAUAAACAGGUGUGUUGUUAAGCCUCCAUUGUUGCCAAAUUCUGGUUACACUAAAACCAUCUAAACAAAAAAUAUUUAAGCAUAUUUUCCUAAAAAAUGUAAACAUAUCAAAAAAAACGUAGGCCUCUUUUCCCGGUUCUCUUUUCUCUUUGUAUCAUGUAUGUGCACGUCAGCAUUUGAAGUGUUUUCACUUCCAGUAGUUUAUCCUGUCAUGAUGUUCUAUUCUUCCUAGCUUGCCUUUGGCAUGUCUUCAUUUAUUAGCGUUUUAAAUGUCAUAUUUUAGACCAGUCACCUCCUUCUUUUCAUCUCAGUGUGCUCAUGCCACUAAUAUGGUAAUUACUACACCCCAUCAUUUUGAAGGUCUGAGCUCACACAUUUGCAGGCAAAAUGGAUGCUACACAUUUGCUUUAGAUGUGUAGAAUGAGAACAGUGCCUCCCUCUGGCAGGAAGACUACAACAACUUAAACUUCAUCAACUUAAAUAAUAAUCUUUAAGUUGAUAAUAACAAACAUUUAUCAAUCAACAAAUCACAGAUGUCUUGAUUUUA